CAGACUCCAGGGGAGGCGCCAGUCGGCUCAGUCUGCCCGCCUGCUGAGGGGCCAGGGGGAAUUUGCAGACGCUCCCUGCGCGGGGACGGGGACCGUGUCCUUCAUUGGGGACCUGCGGCGGGUCCCUCCGGGUGCCGGCCAGCCAGCGGCAGAACCAUGUCCGAGCCCACGGGGGGCGGCGAGCCCGACCUUUACCGAGACACGUGGGUGCGGUACCUGGGCUAUGCCAACGAGGUGGGGGAGGCCUUCCGCUCCCUGGUGCCCGUGGCAGCCGUGUGGCUGAGCUACGGGGUGUCCAGCUGCUACGUGCUGGCCGACGCCGUUGACAAGGGCCGGAAGGCCGCCCAGGUGCCGGGCCCCGAGGCCGGCCGCCAUAGCAGGAUGACCGUGGCUGUGGUGGACACCCUGGUCUGGCAGGCCCUGGCCUCUGUGGCCAUCCCCGGCUUCACCAUCAACCGCGUGUGUGCCGCCUCGCUCUACGUCCUGGGUACCACCACUCGCUGGCCCCUGGCCACCCGCAAGUGGACCACCACAGCGCUCGGGCUGCUGGCCAUCCCCGUCAUCAUCCACCCCAUCGACAGGUCCGUGGACUUUCUCCUGGACGCCAGCCUGCGCCGGCUCUACCCCUCACAGGAGAAGCCCAGCUCCUCCUAGCACUCCUGGGACCGAGGGGCCCCGUCACCGGAUGCAGAGUGACACCCCGUGAGGAGAUGGAGCUCAGCUCACCGGGCAGCAGGGACCAGGACUCAGCGGGUGGCCAGUGUCUGGAGGGGCCCCGGGCGCCAGGAGGACCGCGGCUACCGCCCCCUGCCCUGCCGCCCACGGGGUGGGGGCCACACUGGCCCUCCCUCCACC